CACACUUUGUUUCCCUUUUCGCUCCCGCUCGCCCUGGCCAAGACGCACCACCACACAAACCAGUCGUGUGCUACCUGUGCGCACUGCGGCCGGCCCACACGGGGAGGGGUUUGUUUGACUCUUCCAGUCAUUAACAGCUUCAUACGAGGACUGAGAGGAAAACUAAACAGUGUCCAGACUGACGACAGAGGCACAAACACACAGCAGAGACAGAGGGGGAAAAGAAAAGCCGAAACUUGGCUGAUUUCAACCCGGCUUGUGUGAACUGAACUCGGAAGUUUCUUGGCUGAUCGGAGGGAGAAGGAAUAAUUUGGAGCCCGGUUAACCCCCCCACCACCACCACCACCACCACCACAAGCGCUGUUGUGGAUAUUUACGUCCACCUUGUCUCCUGUUUAGAAGAAUGGCGAGAGAUUACGCAGCGCGCUGCCCGGUCUCUCCGGUGAGAAACACUUGGCUGGUGGCAGCAGCAGCGAUCCUGCUCACAGCUCAAGGUAACACUGCUCAGAAAGUGCGCGUGGAGGAGGAGCUGGAGGCGUAUCCCACAGCGUCAGUUGAUCUCCGCUGCGAGUUCAUCGAUGGAGGAGGCCGGACUAAACUCACGCAGGUGUCUUGGAUAUGGGAACCCAUUGAUGGUCAGAGGGACAACAUUGCUGUUUUCCAUCCAACCUAUGGACAGAGUUUCCCCAACCCGGCCUUCAGGGACCGAGUUAUCUUCCUCCACCGCACCCUGGAGAACCCGUCCAUUAGGAUUUCUAACCUAAAGAUGUCCGAUGCCGGCCGCUAUACUUGCGAGUAUGCCACCUACCCUUCUGGAAACGAACAAGGGACCACCACCCUCACCAUGCUUGCCAAACCCAAGAACUCGGCCAAAGUGGUAACCGUCCAGGCUGGCACCAAGUCAGUGGUGGUGGCCCAGUGUGAGGCGGCGGACGGCAAACCGGCAGCUACCAUCAAGUGGCUGGCAUCCGUCGGCGGAAACCAUUCGACCAGCACCACAAACGGGCCGGACGGCACGGUGACGGUACGCAGUGAGUAUCGGCUGGUUCCAACGCCGGCGGACGACGGCAGGGAGGUGACGUGCGUCGUCGACCAGAGGACACAGGAACGGUCAUGGGUUCACCCUGUCAAGCUCUCUGUGGAGUACCCCCCAUCUGUGUCCAUAGAGGGAUACGACAACAACUGGUAUGUUGGCCGCUCGGACGUCGUGCUCGUCUGCACUGCCAACGCCAACCCUGAGCCCACCACCGUCACCUGGACCGCGGUGUCCGGUCCUUUGCCAGACACAGUGGUGGUGGAUGGCAACAAGCUGACAGUGAGGAAGGUGGACGACGCCGUCAACACCACCUUCAUCUGCGAGGUCAAGAAUAAGCAUGGGGCCAGCAAGCACCAGAUCACCACCGUCGUCAUCGAAGCCUUGGAGGACCCGUCCAGUGCCGGCGUUGUGGCGGGCGCCGUCAUCGGCUCCCUCCUGGCCCUGCUAUUGGUUAUUGCGCUCAUUGCCGUUCUCCUGACCCGCAGCCGCCGGCAACAGAGGCGUGGUUACCCUAGCAGCGGGGACUCCAUAGCAACGGGCAGCGGUGGCAGCAAUGGCACAGACUAUGGUAAUAAAGCUCGCCUGCUCUUCAGUGGCUCUGGCAACAACAGCAAGAAUGGGACCGGUGCAAACAACAACGGGCCCAUGUACACGUAUCGGGAAGGAUGUGACGCCACAGGGACUCUAACGGAAAAGGCCAACGACUUCCACCAUCAUCACCUCCACCAUCCUUCAGCUGUCAACGCCCCCUCCGCACACGAUAUCCUCCUUAGCGGCGAGAUUGACGAGGGCGAGAGGCGGAAGUUCGACCUGGACGACAGCAUGGAGGACGAGGAAGAGCGGUACGAUAGGUUCGGAGGCAUCGGGGAAGGCGGGGACGUGCUACCCCCAACGUAUCACGUCCGCAGAGGCCACGGCGAAGAGGGAGAGAUGGACGUGUACCUCGACGAUGAUAUGGAGUCUCAGAGAGAUGGAUCGGUUAUUUCCCGGACUGCCAUUUAUGUCUAAGUAGGGAGGUCCGGAAAAAGAAAAGGCGAGGGCUGAAAAUAGGGAAAGGAGGUGCAGUGGUGGAAGAGGGGAGUCCGAGCCUUCCUCUUUUUGCCACCAAGUAAAUCAACAUCGCGUCCAUCAGCUAAACACCU